CUUCUGUGCAAAAAUUGGGGAGGAGAGACGGGAGGAGUUAACAGUGCCCAAUCCCCCUGCCCGCCUGAGAUCAGCCUCGAAUUUUGCGAUUAGAAGGAAAGGCACGGAGACCCACGGAAAGCAGUGCUGGUAGUUCCUCAAAAUCCUUUUACAGCAUGAGAUUUAGCGUCGGCACGUGUGAGACAAAUGUACAUAUACACGGGCAGAGUGUGUGACUUUUACUGAAAACCAGGAACAGCUCUGAGGCAACUUUAAACAAGAGCUGACUUACUGACCUAUAAUAAGCUUCUGUAGAGUCCAUUGGCCAAGUAAACAGGGCACGCGGCCUCCUCCGUGGUUAUAGAUGGGCUCAGGUUAAAAAGGUAAACCGUAUGAUUGUUGACUUUUUUCUCCAGAAAUCAAUGACAGAAGAUUUUACGUUCAGAACUCAACUAGUUCUGUGGGCUCCACAUCCAAAUUCCUCGUGGGCUUGUUGCAACCCAUGCCAUGCUACAUUAGAAACCACUGCCCAAAAUGGAGAGUUGCCAGCCCUUAACUUUGAAAGUAUUAAUAAUAGUAUGACCAAGUCUGAACGAUAUUCUAGCAAUUCUUGCAAAGAGAAAUAUAGAGGUCAGUGGGAAGAAUCUUCUGAAGCUGUUGAACUGGAACACUUCAGUAUGAAUUACAAGAAUGAAAGAAAUUUUAGUCAACAUCCGCAACACAAGUUAUUUCAAGAUAUCUUCACAGCUUUGGUUAAAAACCGACUUAUUUGCAGAGAAUGGGCUAACCGAGCUUCAUCCGUCCAUUUUCUAAGAAUUUUAAUUUGUAUAAGAUUAUUAAUGAGAGAUCCAUACUAUCAGGAAGUUCUUCACAAUCUAGGUGGAAUUGACAGUUUAGCACAGUAUAUGGAAACAGUAACAAAUGAUUAUCUUGGUUAUGGAGAGGAGCAACAUAAUAUAGACAAAUUAGUCAACAUGAUAUAUAUUAUUCAGAAACUUUCAGCUGUUAAAGAUCAAAGAGAAUGGGUUACAGCCAGUGGAGCACAUAAGACUUUAAUUAAUUUACUAGGAACUAGAGAAAAUAAUGUGCUUGUAGGUUCAUUGCUUGCUCUCACUAGCUUGGCAGAAAGCCCUGAAUGUCGUGAGAAAAUAAGUGAGCUGAACGUUGUCGAAAAUUUAUUGAUGAUAUUGCACGAAUAUGAUUUGCUUUCUAAAAGAUUAACAGCAGAAUUACUCCGCCUCCUUUGUGUGGAAUCACAAGUCAAGGAACAAAUCAAGUUCUAUGAGGGGGUCCCUAUUCUGCUUAGUCUGCUCCAUUCUGAUCAUCUGAAACUACUUUGGAGUGUAGUUUGGAUUCUUGUACAGAUUUGCGAAGAUCCUGAUACCAGUGUUGAAAUUCGAAUUUGGGGUGGAAUCAAACAGCUCCUUCAUAUUUUGCAAGGGGAACGAAGUCUGUUUUUAGAUCGUUCUUCCAUUGGGGGUUUAUCUAGUGCAAACGUAGCUGGGAGAAUCCAGCAGCUUCAUUUAUCACAAGAGUUAAGCCCUCAUGAAAUACAAGAAAAUACAUUUUCUCUUCAAGCAGCCUGUUGUGCUGCAGUUACUGAAUUGGUCCUUAAUGACACCAAUGCCCAUCAAGUAGUACAGGAGAAUGGGGUAUAUACAAUAGCAAAGCUGCUUUUACCUAAUAAACAAAGGAAUGUAGCAAAGGCUAAUUUAUUACAGUGUUACGCAUUCAGAGCCCUGAGAUUUCUUUUCAGCAUGGAAAGGAAUCGACAUCUUUUUAAAAGGCUCUUUCCUACAGACUUGUUUGAAAGCUUCAUAGAUGUUGGGCAUUAUAUUCGUGAGAUCAGUGCCUAUGAAGAGCUAGUAUUGAAAUUAAAUGCAUUACUGGAGGAUGAAGUUAAGCAAAUUGCUGAAAAUAUUGAAAAUAUUAAUCAGAAUAAAGCACCUAUGAAAUACAUAGGCAAUUAUGCAGUUUUGGAUCAUCUUGGCAGUGGAGCAUUUGGAAGUGUUUAUAAGGUUAGAAAACAUAGUGGCCAAAACUUUCUAGCAAUGAAAGAGAUUAAUUUACACAAUCCAGCAUUUGGAAAAGAUAAAAAAGAUCGAGAGAGCAGUGUGAAGAACAUUGUGUCUGAAUUAACCAUAAUUAAAGAACAGCUUUAUCACCCCAAUGUUGUACGAUACCACAGAACCUUUUUAGAAAAUGAUAGAUUGUAUAUAGUCAUGGAGCUCAUAGAAGGAGCACCCCUUGGAGAACAUUUUCAUUCUUUGAAGGAAAAACAACAACAAUUUACAGAAGAGAGAAUAUGGAAUAUAUUCAUUCAACUGUGUUUAGCUCUUCGGUAUUUGCACAAAGAGAAGAGGAUUGUCCAUAGAGAUCUCACUCCAAACAAUAUCAUGCUGGGAGAUAAAGAUAAAGUAACAGUCACUGACUUUGGUCUUGCAAAGCAAAAACAGGAGAACAGCAAACUCACUUCAGUUGUUGGAACUAUUCUGUACUCUUGCCCUGAAGUUGUAAAGAGUGAACCAUAUGGUGAGAAGGCUGAUGUCUGGGCUGCAGGAUGUGUUUUAUAUCAGAUGGCAACACUCAAUCCUCCAUUUUAUAGUACCAACAUGCUCUCCUUAGCAACUAAAAUAGUAGAAGCUGUUUAUGAGCCAGUGCCAGGAGGUGUGUAUACUACAAAGAUAUCAGCUGUCAUAAAAAGAUGUUUGACUCCUGAUGCAGAGACCCGUCCUGAUAUAGUAGAGGUCAGUUCAAUGAUUUCAGAUGUUGUGAUGAAAUAUUUAGAUGGAUUAUCAAAUUCCCAGCUUGUUUUGGAAAAAAAGUUGGAACGUGAAAGAAGGCGUACUCAGAGAUAUUUCAUGGAGGCCAAUAGGAAUGCAAUAAAAUGUCACCAUCAACUUGCUGUGUUAUCUCAGGAACGUUAUGAAAAGUCAAGUCUCAGUAGCAGUAGUAGUGGAACAGCUAGUUUAAAAAGUGAAUUUUCUGAAAAUACUGAUAUUCUAUCUGAACACUUCCAUCAGUUUUCUGGAAAAGAUGAAGAGAAAGAUGAAACCCUGUCAGAUGAUAACUGUGUUUUAGAAAACACAGAAAAAGAUGUCUUCUCGGAAUUAGAUGAUGAAUUGGAUAUUUCAGAUCAAUCUAGCAGUUCUAGUUCAAGUCCCCUUAAAGAGUCAGCAUUUGGUAAAGCUGGGAGAUGUUAUGUUGCAAAGUUUUCCCCAUGGGCUGUCUUCAGAGAGGUUUUUGCACAUUCUUGUAUAAAACGCAGCUUAAGUGCUUAUGAAAGACAGCCUCAGGCAAGAGAUUACACUGGAAUUCCAGGAUUCAGACCAAGACCCGCUUUGCUGCCCCUUGACCUGCUUCUGAAAGCGCCUUCGUUCAUGUUCAGGGCUCACGUUAAGAAAAUAGAGGAUUCGUUAGUGACAGGGUGGAAAUCUCAUAGCCUUCCUGCUGUGAUUCUGCGCAAUCUGAAAGAUCAUGCAUCAGCUGGGAUUGCUGUGUCGCAACGGAAGGUACGUCAGAUCAGUGAUCCUAUUCAACAGAUUCUAGUUCAGCUGCACAAAAUUAUUUACAUCACUCAGCUGCCACCAACUUUGCAUUGCAAUUUGAAAAGAAGAAUUGUCGAGAGAUUCAAGAAAUCUUUAUUCAGUCAGCAGAGUAAUCCAUGUAAUUUGAAAUCUGAGAUUAAAAAGAUACUUCAAGGUUCCCCAGAGUUGAUUGAGCCUAAUUUUUUGACGUCAGAUUGUCAUUUGUUGCUUCACUCUUCAAGUGGCAGUACUUUAGUCCUAGAUGACAGACCUGGUCUUCUUGGAACUUUUGAGGAUGAAGGAAUGACAUAUGAACAAAUGCAGACUGUAAUUGAAGAGGUUCUAGAGGAAUGUGGAUAUUACAAUUUUAUCUCUAGCAGGUAUCAAUACUAUCCAUGGGGAGCAAGAAAUCAUCCAGCCAGAAGAUGAGCACCUAGAAUUCUGAUUACAUUGACAGAUUUUCUAAUAAGGUCUAAAUGUCUUGACUUUAGCUGUUAUUUUCUGACUGCUAAAGAAAAACACUGCAUAAAACACGACAAAAAGAAACACACAGGAAAGAGAAAUCAUUCAAAUCUUCUGUGUAGCUUACAGAGAAUCAACCAAAUAGUAGAACUGUAGUACAUAUCUCUGGCAGUAGGUAUAUGCAAUAUAGUUUUGGUGUCAAGAUAUGAUUUGUACAAAAUGUAAACAUUCUUCCAAGUACUUCCAUUAAGGUGACAAUACACUGCUCUUUAGCCCAUUCUUGAUUUUUGGAAUGGCUUCUUGAAUACUCAGGUUUAUUAGAAAUCUUACUUUUUACAGAUUUCCUAAUAUUAGAGAGUCAGGUUUAUUAGAAACCUUAGUUUUUACAGAUUUCCUAAUAUUAGAGACUCUAUUUUUUUAUAAUAGGAUAUAUUUUGGGCAAACAGCAAUUCAGAAUGUGUAAGCAAAGAGGACAAAGUAUAGCUAAGAAUAAAAAAUAGGUUGGGAAUCAGAAAAGAGCAUUCAAAAUAUUGCUUUAAUUACUUGAGUUAGUUGGGAUUUAUGCUGCAAAUAUGAUAUAUUAGACAGUAUUUACAAUUUUCACAACAUCUAACAUUUGUUAAAUCCAAAGAUUAGAGCAUGGAACAUGCUUAGGUUCUAUAAAUAGGUAAAUAUCAAUGUCAUCUAGAUAAAGAUGUAAAGCUACACAAAAACAUGUACAGAUAUAUUUAUAUUAAAUAAAUACUCUAAUUGUUAUUGCUAAUUAGAUAUGUAGUAGACAUUGCACUUUUGAAAAAUUGAAAGUCUUUCCGAAAAAUGCUUGUAAUACAUACAUCAUUGUUAUCUGGACAUUUCUUUUCUUUUAGCAUUUUUUCAGUUUUACUAAAUCUUUUCAGUUUAGUAAAUAUUGAGUAAAUGUAUGGUUAUCUACAGUAAUGAUGUAAAUUUUAUAGAUUGGAUGUAAUAUUUCAAAAUUCCAUUGACCUUUUUAAAGUGACAGCAUGUUUUAAUAUAGGCUUCAGUCUUUGGCAUGUAAGGUAAAGGGCAACAUCGAAUAUUGUGUUAGGGGAUUGAAAGAGAAAAGGAAAUCCAUUCUAUUAACUGUAUCUGUUGGUAGUCACACUGUUGAUUUACAUAUAAUAUAAUGUAUAUGUAUGUUAACAAUAUUUUCAAAGUUACACACUUACAAUAAUUUAAAUUACUAGGAGGCAUAUUACUUAAUGUAGCAUACCAUAUUUAGUUGAGGGAGACAUGGAGGGAGAUCUAGGAAAAAAGUAUGUUCAGAUUUGCCUAUUCUAACAUAUUUAGUCUGCUACAAAUGAUAUCAUGGAUUUGAGAUAAACCAAAAAGAACAUUUGAAAUCAAAAUAAGAAAACUGAAACAAAAUGCCGCAUAGCAAAAAUAUUGUCAUUUGUCACUUUCAGAAGUCAGUAAAAUUUCAGCAGUGUUUUCUGCAUUUAGGUGAUAAAGUUGGUGAGGAAGACACAUAUAUUGAAAAUUUAGUAGCACUCAAUGACUCAGAGAUUGGCCAGGUUCCUAAAUGUAUGUACAGUGUGUUUUAGGGGCUAUGGACCUCCUCUGCAUUUUGCUUGUUCACCGCAAUAAAAUCAGAACCAAGCAGCUGCAUGGUUCACAAUGGCAAAUAAUUUACACAACAAUUUUGUUCAAGAAAUUUCAUGUGGAAACUGUAUUACUUCUGACGGAUAUUAAUAGACAACAAAAUUUCAUAGAAAUAAUAGUAACUAGUACAGUUGGACUAAACUAAACCCUCAGCAAAUGAAAUGGAGCACUUCUAUCCUUUGCAUAUUGUUUUGCUACUCUUGGAUUCUUUCUUUUUAUUGUAUUGUUCUGCUAUUGGUUUUUUAAAUUGUUUGAUUUACCUCCCUGCUUUUAUAAUUUAUCAGCCUUCUCAAAUGCUGCUUUUGCAAUAGUGAGACAAUUCUGUUAAUAAAUAAAUCCAGUGAUGUUUGAAAGAAUAGUCUAGUCUGGAGCCUUUGGCAGAACAUCCAUCUCUACAACUGAUCCCAGCAGUCAGAAGAGGACUCUACAUAACAUAUAUGCAGAUGUUGCUUUCAAAAAGUAUGAUUCCCAUACUUCUUGUCUUCCCUCACAAUUCAACUCUUCUUAUUUUAUUAAAACUUCAUUCUACUUGCAUUA